UCUGUCUCCCGCUCCCACAUCGAGCCCCGUGAACUACAACCCCCAUGAUCCCCCGCGGCCCGCGCGGUCACGUCCGGGCGGCGCGCGGGGCACGCUGGGAUCAGCGCUCGGCGUCACGUGGCCCGCCGCCCUCCGGUUGCCCGCCGCCGCCAUGUUGCUCGCCCGCCGCCUCGCCCCGGUGCUCGCCGCCCGCCCGGUGCCGCCCCGGGCCCGCGGGUACGCGGAGGCCGCGCCCGGCCCCGCCCCCAUGGCCUUCACCUUCGCGUCCCCCACGCAGGUGUUCUACAACGGCGCCCACGUGAAGCAGGUGGACGUGCCCACGCUGACCGGCGCCUUCGGCAUCCUGGCCUCGCACGUGCCCACGCUGCAGGUGCUGAGGCCGGGGGUGGUCACCGUGCACGCCGAGGACGGCACCGCCACCCGGUACUUCGUGAGCAGCGGCUCCGUCACGGUGCACGCGGACUCCACGGUGCAGGUGCUGGCGGAGGAGGCGGUGACCAUGGACAUGCUGGACCUGGCUACUGCAAAAUCAAACCUGGAGAAGGCUGUUUCAGAGAUGGCCGCAGCAUCCGAUGAAGCAGCUAAAGCAGAAGCUCAGAUCAAAGUAGAAGCAAAUGAAGCCCUUGUAAAAGCCCUGGAAUAAUGCAGGAAUUCCCCUGUGGAUGUAGAGGAAGCCCAGACUGCCCUCCUUGCCUCUAUUGUAUGGAUGGUUUGGGACAAACGGAGGCGGGCAGAAUGGUCCAAUCCAUUAAAAGUAAACGUAAUCCCA